CAGGAGGAAAACUUUGCGCUUCUCAUGACAUGCUAUUCAUCUUCAAUUCAAUAUCACUUUUCCCAUCAUCUCCUACACGAAGACUCAUAGUCCGAUCGGUCGAGCAGGUCCCAAACAUACAAGUAUGCGGGAUUGUGAAGAAUUCUUUACAGAACCAUUCUUUUCGAGGCUUCGCCUGGUUCUGGUAGCAGUAAUUGCUACCACUGCAAUAUUGGCUAUGAGUAGCAGUAGAAUCCCACUUACUGAGUACCGGAAGGCAUAUCUUCAGUCAAAAGAGUCGGACGGCUCCCAUGUAAAAGAAGUGGUAUCAAAUAUUUCUGCUCAUACCCAGCCAAGAAAAGAUGGUGAUUAUCACCAGCUAAAAAAUGAUGAAGGGCUUCAUAAUAUCACCAAUGUCCCGCGAUCCAAGAAUAAGUACAGUAACUUAGAGAUCUUAGAAGCAAGUCUAGCAGAAGCUCGGGCUGCAAUAAAAGAAGCCAGAAUUGGACAAGAAACACCUCACGAGGACUUUGUCCCUAAGGGUCCAAUGUACCUGAAUGCUACAGCCUUCCGCAGGAGCUAUUUGGAAAUGGAGAAAAGAUUUAAGGUGUUCAUCUACGAAGAAGGGGAUCCCCCAGUUUUCCAUGUUGGGCCCUGCAAGCAUACAUAUGCUAUCGAGGGGUAUUUCAUACAAGCGCUGGAAGUUAGCCCCUUCAGGACGACAGAUCCAAGCAAAGCUCACCUUUACUACCUCCCAUUCAGCGUGACGAGGAUAACGGAAUUCAUUUAUGUCCCUGAAUCCCGUGAAUGGGGCCUAAUGAAAAGUUUUGUGGCAGACUAUGUCAAUACUAUCUCACACAAGUACCCUUACUGGAAUCGAAGCCUUGGAGCUGAUCAUUUUAUGCUUGCUUGCCAUGAUUGGGGGCCUGAACUAUCUUUUGCAGUCCCAUAUCUGUACACCAAUUCCAUCCGAGCUUUAUGCAAUGCAAAUACCUCCGAGAGGUUUGCCCCCUCCAGAGAUGUUUCUAUCCCCGAAAUCCACCUCCCACUGGGCACAACCAAAGGCAUGAUAGGAGGUCCUUCACCAUCCAAACGUCCAAUAUUGGUGUUCUAUGCCGGGGGAAUUCACGGUCCUAUACGGCCAAUUCUUCUUGAGUACUGGGAAGACAAGGAUGCCGAUGUUCAAAUCCAUCAAUACCUCCCCAAGGGCGUUUCGUACUACGGAAUGAUGAGGAAAAGCAGGUACUGCAUUUGUCCUAGCGGGUACGAAGUAGCAAGCCCGAGAAUGGUGGAGGCAUUGUACAUGGGAUGCGUCCCUGUCCUCAUUAAGGAAGGGUAUGUGAUUCCCUUCAGCGACAUUCUGAAUUGGAAGGCAUUCGCAGUCGUCAUUCCAGUUCAGGAUAUUCCCAACUUGAAAAAGAUUCUAAUGGCUAUUUCUCCAAGGCAAUACAUAAGGAUGCAGCGCAGGGGAAUCCAAGUAAGGAGACAUUUCGAAAUUAAUACACCGCCAAAGCGUUAUGAUGUCUUUCACAUGAUUCUUCAUUCUAUCUGGCUCAGAAGACUCAAUAUCAUAGUGGAAGAUGCCACUGAAUCGUGACUCCAUUAUUUAUAGGGUGAUCAGUAUUAAACGUGAUUUUGAUUUGGGUAGGUAGAUGUACAAAGGAAAAUGAACCUGAGGACUUAAUUUGUUGAUGAACCAGUAGGGAGUAAAUUAUUCUUUUGA